UCUGAAAUAAUAUUUUUAUUAUAAAAUAUAAAGUUUAAUGUUUGAUUUAUCUUUUAAAAAGCAUAAUUAAUAAUUUUUAUGUUGGUUUUGAUUUAAUAGUUAUAAACAAAUAAAUAUCAAUAAAGACACUAUGCCCGCAUGCGCGGGUAGAACACCUAAUAUAAAUAAAAACUUAUUGAAAAGAUAAAGUACUAAAAAUAUCUUUGAUAUUAUGUAAAUCUGAUUUUAGGUUAGGGAAAUUGCACCAUGUGACUAAAAAAUAAAGUGUAAUUAAGAAUCGAACUAAAAAACUAAAAACUCUAAUAGUAUUUCUCUAAUAUAUAUUAUAUUUUCCUUACCUACCGGUUGAAAAAAGAACAAACAAGUUUUCUUUCUUCAUCAGUCACCGACAUGAAUUCUUCCAAAAUCAGAGUUGCCUUCUUCAUAUUGCCAUCACUGUUUCACCAACCACAACUUCUUCAUCAACACUUUUUCUUACGUAACCACCACCAUUUCAAUGUAAUCUCCAUCAUCUCCUCCAUAAUCAUAUACAUCACUCGGCCACCAUCAAUGUAUUCACUACCUUAUGAAAAGCCAAUUAAGAGAUCUGAAAAGAGAAAUUUGAUUGUUAGUCGCUGGAGAUCUUUAGUUGCCUUGUUAAAUGAUGACGAUCUAACCGGUACAGAAAAAUACUGAGAUGAAUCAUGUGAGCAUGGUAAUAAUUAAUGAUAUGAUCACCACCAUCUCUCACCACCAUCAUCAAUCACCACCUCUUCUGCCGUAACCACCACCACAUAUUUGUAUUGUAAUUUUUUGGUUGUACUAUGUAUUAUGCUAUUUCUGUUCUAUUUUAAUAAUGCUUCAUAUUAUAUACUAUGUACAUAUUUUGAUAUUUGGGUUAAGGUUAUAUUCUCUUUAAGGGUUUAGUUUAUGGAUGGUAUGGGUUGACGUUGGGUAAACGUUAGGAAUAUCAAAACUGUCUGUUUUGUUUAUUAGAUACAUCAGGUAACGCCGAGCUUCAGGAUGAUGAAUGGGACGAGAGCACGGUACAUGAAUUCUACAAACGUCCAAUGCCCAAAUGGUUUUCUGAUGAGGCUUUUGCCCUUGACAGUAAAAAGUAUUACGUGGUGCCAGAAUCAGAGCUGCAUGACAACGACUUGCUUCAACUUCUCAUGGAAGUCGCUUUCUACUUCAAAUCAGAUCGUUGUUUGGAUGCUUACCUACCCUUAGAGGUCAAGAAUGUUGUUGUGGAAACUUUUGAAGAUGAGCCUCGUGACAAGCUCAUGGCAAACAAUGCAAUCUUCUACCUAAGUUACAAGUGUUGCGCCGAUCCUUGUUCAACGUCUUUGGCUGGUGAUCACCUUUCCAUUGUAAGGAAAACCAUGGAUGGGAAGAAACCAGGCCACAGCAGGGCCGGUCUCGAGCAUAAGCGAGGGAACCGAUCGCUUAGGACAUCAUAUUUUAAGCAAAAAAAUUAGUUGUAUAUAGGGCAUACAUUUUUUUUUACAUGAAUAACAAAGGCAUAAAAUUUUAAAUAAGUUUAGGGCAUCAAGAAAAAAAUGAGAAUGUUGGAUCGGCACUUCCACAUGAGUCUUGAAGUUGCUUUAACCAAAGAACAAGAAAAAAAGUAGACAUGUGGAUUAGUCUUUAAUCUUUAUAAUUUACUUUUGUCAUAUUAGCACGUUAUGUUUUCCAAACUUUAAUUAUUAUCUACGUACGAUGUUGUUUAUGUUUCUUUGGACUAGAACGAGUUGAUUCAUAUUUGACCUCCACUGAUGAAUUUUUGUUAAUUAGAUCGAAACCAAGUAACACAACACGUCUUCCUUAUGCACACUUCUUUUAAGAUAUCAAGCCAAAACAUGUAAUAUCAACCAAUCCAAUUUUCACCUUUUUUUUAAAGCAUGUUCAUUUUUUUUGUUAGCGAGUAUAUGCCCCCAGAAUUCUCAAGAGUCGGUUACCAAACGCUUCAAAGCCAUGUUCUACCGAUACUUAUUACUCGUCUUUUGUCAAGAGAUGAAAGAUGCAGAAUCAGCCCUUUGAAGCUGAGCAUCUUCUUUGUCAAGAAGAGCUGUUACUUCAGAACGCAUUCUCAUCCAAUAUAAACUUUGUUACUCCGGCACACUAUGCAAAACUAGAAAAAAACCAUAUGCUAAACUAGAAAAUAAAAAAGCAACAUUAAACCAAACUUUACAAAUAUUAAAAAAUAAAAGAACACAACUAAAAUACUAAUUCAAAAGAAUAAAACUGCAGAAAAGUUUUUGUAAUUUCGAUGGCUUGGAUAUUUAUACAGAGGACUUAUAUCUGCCUGAAAUUCAGGGGACAAAAACAAUAAGUGUGAUUCUCUUUUUUUUUCUAUCAAUAGUCUUCCUUAAAGGGGACAAAAACAAAAACUUUUCUGCGGUUCUAAUCUUUUGAAUUAGUAUUUUUUUUAAUUCUGAUUCUAGUGAUCAGUCUCUAUAAUGUUGGUAGAAACUAAUCACUAUACCAAAUU